GUCAUGACGUGAAGAUUCCCCAAAGGUAACAUUCGGAAAACCUUUCUCUCUAAAGGUUUCAUGAUCUCAUUUUCAGAAGAUGGAGGUUGGAGUUAACCCAGAAGUUCCAUCAUAAUGACACAGAUGGUGCUAAAUGUCGGGAAAGUUGGGAGUGUGUUUAAAUAUAGACACAAAAAUACUACACAUACGACAAAUGUUGUUUUAUAUUCACAUAAACAUUUUAUACAACAAUGUUUGAUGAGUGCUAACAAACUGAAUGAGAAACCCAACAUAAUUUUUGUAAAUAUUCACUUGUGAGCACCCCCUACUGUGGUACAAUGAUGUACUAACAACGCGUAUUGGUCGACGUUUCUCCCUGAAGUCCUUGAACGCAUCUGCUGUCGAGCUCGUGCCAAUAGCAACUUUUAGCGGCUAUAUGUUAGCUUCUUUUUAGCUGCACGCCAACGUCUCUACAGCAAAGUAAAAGCAGUUAAAUGAUAUUAUUUUCACAUUAUUAGGUAAAAACAUGACAAAGUCAAACUGCGUGAACCUUGACAGGUUUAUGGAGGAAUUUGGACACCUGGAGCAGAAAAUCAUGGAGUUUCAUGGUAAGAACAGCGUGUUGGAGGUCAUUCUAGAGGAUGCCAAAAAACUCGAUAAGUUUCAUCAAACUAAAGAAAAGAGCCUGAUUGAGGAAAAAGAUUGCCUUCGUGUCACUGUGAACCAGCUGCAAAAGACUCUACAGGAGCAGUUUGACCUCAGAGUGGAGAACGAGAGGCUGCAGAACGACAUUCUUAAUCUGAAACAACAGAAUGAAAGAGCAGAAGAGGUGAAAGAGAAGCAGGUUCAGCAGCUGGUCAGCAGAAUGAGAGCAGAGGAAGAACAUCACCAGAGGGCGCUAGAGGCCGUCAGACAGCAGUGCCACAGGGAGGCUCUUCAUCAGCUAGAAACUAAAGAUGCUGAGGUGAAAAAGCUUCUGGAGGAAAAAGACCUGGACCUGGAGGAGAUGAGGCGGAAGCUGAAGGACCAGGAGAGAGAGAGGCAGAGCGAGCUCCUGAAGUUACAGAUGGAGUUAGGUGCAAAGUUAGCCAGAGCUCAGAGUUCAGCUCAAAGGAGCCACCAGCAGCAGCUGCAUGGACCCAACCUGCUUCCACAGAGCGUCUUCAAGAGGAAACUGCAGUAUUUCCAGGAGGAGAAGAAUAAAGAGAUUUCGGCGUUACGUCAGAGAAUCAGAGAGCUGGAGGCGAGUCAGCGAGCCAGCAGCCUCAGCGACAGCAAGAGGAGAAAGAUGUAGCUGUUCAGAGGCUGAGCGGGCUUCAGCCAACCCCUCGCCCCAGAACUUCUGCUGCGUUCCGCAGAACGUUCUCCUCUGAGCCCUCGUGUGAUUUAUCUGCUCCACCGUGCUGCAUGCAGGUGAGCAGCGUGCUGCGAGCACAUUUAAACACACGCUGCACCGUCUGAGACCUCAAUCCAAUUAGACUCCUGCUGGGUGG